AUGAGGUGCGGGAAGCCCCGCAAGGGCCCCUUGCGUCUGGCGCGGACGUCCGUCUCCGACUGCGGUUUAGCGGAGCUGUUGUCGGAGCGCAGUUUGAGAAGCACUGGCUGUAGAUUUGUUUCACGUCCCACAUUCGACGUGAUACGAAUCGGAGUGAGGAGGCGCAAGGUCCGAAAAAAGGGGUCAGACGUCAUACCCGCCGGAGGUCCCGUGGGAAUGGCCGAGGAUCGAACGGGCACGGGCGUCGAUCCAAUCUGUGCGUUCCGGCCACUGGGCAGGUGG